CCCUGGGCGCAUGCUAUCCUCGAUUUAUCUCAGGGCACAACAGUGGCGCUAGCUAUAUCGUUUCAAGCUCUACUCCUCCGGUGCAGAUGGUAGCAGCCUAAACGAUGGAUGGGGAACACCAGGAAGAGAAUCCUUUACACGAGAAAGGAAAUCCUCUACACAAUGAGGAGAAGACUUCAAGUGAUGUGGAGAAGACUUUAUAUGACAUGGAGAGAGCUUUAUGUGACAUAAAAAAUAGUGCUGAAGAGAACAGUGCAAGUGAUGAUAACAGUUCAGGUGAUGAGGUAGAAGAACAAAGACUGGAUUCAAACCUCCCAAGUGGUUCAGAUCCUCUUCCAUCUAAUGCAGAAAGCCCCUGCGAUAAUAGUGAAUCUGAGCCGUCCCCCCAAAAAGCAGCACAAGCUAAAAAAACUUGCCUCAAGAAGUUUGCGCCACGGAAAGGCACAAGGUCAAGCCUACGUACCAGCACAAAAUUGACAAUCAGUGCAUGUGAUACGACAGAUGAUGGUAAAAGAAAAUUUGACAAAAAGCACUUCUGCCUGUAUUGCAAUGAACCACACCACAACAUUGCAAGACAUUUAGAAAGGAUGCACACAGAAGAAGCAGCUGUUGGUCAUGCUAUCAGCUUCCCAAAACUCUCCAAAAUCAGGUCUCUGUUGCUUGACCAACUCCGUAACAAAGGCAACUAUCAACACAACUUUGAAGUUCUUCAAAGGGGAGAUGGGGAAAUUGUGAGAAAGUGUAGACCAUCUAAUGAUGGCGUUUCUGUGCGUGACUGCCUGCCCUGCCAACACUGCUUAGCUUUUUUCUCCAAAAUUGAUUUAUGGAAGCAUGAGAGCUCAUGUAAUGCCAGAAAAGGACCAGAUGAAACGAGGGGAGGAAAAAGAGUGAAGAUCCAGGCUGCGUCCUCUCAACUUGUUCCAUUGCCUGUCUAUUCUACUGGAGGAUAUGAAGAAAUAAUACACAAUAUGAAUCAAGAUGACAUCUCAUGCCACAUCAAAAAUGAUCCCCUCAUAUGUAAAUAUGGCAAUGCACUAUCUGCAAAGCAUGGUCAUGCCAAGUCACAGUUUACUUACAUUGGUUCAAAAAUGAGGGAAUUGGCUAGAUUUGUACUUGCUGUAAAUGAGAUGGACUGUGGUGUUCAAUAUCUGCAUGAAGUAUGUGUACCAUCCAAAUUCAAAUUGGCCGUUCAUGCUGCCAGGAAAAUGAGUGGUCAUGACCCUGCCUCCGACAGGUACAAGACCCCGUCUCUUGCUUUAAAGAUGGGCUAUUCCUUGAAAAGAGCUACCGAAAUAGCUUUUGGGGAGAGUCGUAUGACAGAGGACCGUGAGGCAGAGGAACAAGCCAAAAGGUUCAUUAAACUUCUUGAAAAUGAUUGGAAUAACUGUUUUUCCGGUCUAUCCCUCAGCGCUGUCCCCCAGUGUGAUGAAGUUGAUGUGUCUUCACUAACUGAGGAUUUGAUCAAACUUCAGAAGUUUCUCAAGGUUGCAGAGGACACAGCGAAGAAAGAAUUGCUGGAGAACCCCACCAACACUGUCUGGAAAAAGCUAAAUGAAACUCUUCUUGCAGAAAUAGCUCUCUUCAACAGAAAAAGGACAGGGGAAGUUGCGAAAAUGCUGUUGGAAACGUACACAAACAGGAAGAAAGCUCCAGCUAGUGCAGACAUUUUCAAUAACCUCUCAAGGCUGGAGCAGGAGCUUGGAGACAACAAAUUAACCAGGUUGGAAAUAGAAGGCAAAAAUGGUAGGAAAAUGCCAGUCCUACUAACGGAGAGGAUGAUCUCAUCUCUUGAGAUCCUUAUUGCAAACAGAGACAAAGUUGGUGUGUCAAAGGACAACCCUUAUGUCUUUGCACGUAGCCUUGAUGCAGCAAGCUACAUCAGAGGGUUUGACUGUCUGAGGAAGUGUGCACAUGAGUGUGAUGCAAAGAAUCCUGAAAGUCUGAUCCAUGUGACAGUGAGGAAAGAGGUUGCUAUCCAUUGCCAACUACUAAACUUGAAUGAAAGUGAAUUGGAUCAGGUGGCAAAGUUAUUGGGACAUGACACCCAGGUCCAUAAAGAGUACUACAGGCUCUCUGAAAAUGCAGCACAUCUAGCCGAAAUCAGCAAACUGCUGCUUGCAAUGGAUCAGGUUCCAGUGGUAAUUCCAGGGCCAUCUGAGGAAAGCGUUGUUUAUCCUACAUAUGGGACAUCUUCUGCAGGGACAUACCUAGCUGGGACAGAUACUGGAAGGACAUAUCCUACCGAGACAUGUCCUACUGGGUCAUCAUAUCCUACAGAGACAUAUUCAGCGAAGUCAUAUACUGUGGAGACACAGCCUUCAAGGUCAUAUCAUGCUGGGACAUAUCCUGAGAAGUCAUAUCCUUCAGGAUCACAUUCUGCGAGGUCAUAUUCUGCAGGGACAGAUUCUGCGAGAGCAUAUCCUACCGUGACACAUCCUGCAGGGACCGAUCCAGCAGGUUCAUAUGUUGCAGGGACAUAUACUGCAGGGACUCAUCAUGCAAGAUCAUAUCCUGCAAGUCCUUAUGGCCUUUCAUCUCCUGCAACAUCAUAUGCUUCGGGAACUAAUCCUGCAAGGUCAUAUCCUGCAGGAACAUAUCCUGCACAAACACUUCCAGCACGUACAGUUAUUACGCCAACACUUCAUGCACAGACACUUCCAACGCAGAAACUUCCUGUCAGGACAGUUCCUGCGAGGACAAGUCCUGUAAGGCCGUGGAGUGAUGCGGCUAAGGCUGCGGUAAAGCGUCAGUUGGGACACUUUAUCUCAAUGAUGAAGGUUCCAGGUAAACGGGACUGUGAAGUAUGCCUCCACAAUGAACCAGCUGUACGAGACAGGACUUGGAGAGACAUCAAAAACUAUGUGCACAACACAGUAAAAUCUAUUAAAAGGAAGAAGGGCCUUACAGGAGUGGACCCCAGAAAAUGGACAAAGAAAGAAUCUGCAAAGAUUGCCAAGGAAGAGGUUGGUGGAACAAGGACUGUACCUGCACAGGGUGAAGACGAGAGACUAGAGGCAGGUCCUGUUGUUGUGACAACACAAAGGAAGCAGAAGAUAUGGAGUGAUGAGGCUCAGGCUGCGGUCAGGCGGCAGCUCGGAGACUUCACUAAACUGAUGAAGAUUCCAGGUAAAACGGAAUGUGAUGCAUGCAUUGCAGCUGAACCAGUUCUACAAGGCAGGACAUGGAAAGAUGUAAAAAACUAUGUGCAUAACACAUUAAUGACAAUGUGCAGGAGGCAUAUUUCAGGCAAGCAAAACAUGGACCAUGAAAAACAAAGUCCAGGGACACAGAAACCAGGGAUGCAACAGAAACCAAAGGUGCCGUUGGGACUUCCAGAAGAUCUUCCUGUUUAUCUGUACUUGUGAUUUCUUUGAACUAGUUUCAACACUUUCGAUUUAAUCUGACCAUCUUUGCUCUCUCUGAUCUGACAUUGUAAAGCAAUAAUUAUGUAGCAUUUUUAUAAUGUCACAACCUACUUUUUUCUACCUACGUAUCCGUUAGGCCUGGGAAUUGCUAGGGACCUAACAAUACGAUUUUAUCACAAUACUUUGGUGCCAAUACUAUAUAUAUAUAUAUAUAUAGUAUGCAUGUGUAUAUAUAUUGCAAUUCUAUAAGGACUGCGAUUCGAUACUUUGAUUUUAUUGCGAUUUGAUGUUUCAAACAUAUUGCUCACCAUGUCUGCUGCAGAGGGACAGGAGAGAGACAUGAGAAAACGAGUUUUGUUCAGUCAUGGAAGUAAGUGCUGAAAACAUGUUGGCUCCCCAUCUAAAAAGAAGUUGGAGAACAAGGUAGAGAAUAAAAAAUACUGGACCUUUUGGCGCAGGUACAGCCAACUAGCGCUAGCUUACUUUAACUACCUAGCAAAAUAAAUUGAGAAUCUAUACUUGGAGUCAUAGGAAUGAUAAAAUAUAAUUGAAAAUAAUAUUGCGUUACUCUAAUGUAUUGAGAGAAACAAAUCCACUAGUGGGCCUAUCUGUAGCAUCUAGGCUACAUAGUGAAAUAUUAUGCAUGAGCACUAAAUAUAUGUUCAACAUUAAUAGAUUACAUGUACAAAUUACAGUGAAUAGUUUUUAAAACUUUGUAGAUGAAAGUUGUGCAAACCUAGACCGUUAAACUGAUAACUUUACCUUUUAGAUCACACUAAUGGUAUACUUCACCAAAUGGAUCUGGAUCCAGAUGUACAAAAUGUUUUGUGUAUUCUUGCCUGUACCAUUGUAUGUGUAGCUAAUGUGUAGGUUAGGUUUUGAGUUUAACAACUGACCAGCAAACUUGUGAAUUUAGCAGGUUAUCCCAUUUGAAAUUUGUGUGACUUUUAAUGGAUUUUAAAUACAUGGCAUCACAGGAAGUUGGUGGCACCUUAAUUGGGGAGGUCGGGCUCGUCGUAAUGGCUGAAGUGGAAUCAGUGAAAUGGUAUCAAAUACAUCAAACAUAUGGUUUCCAUGUGUUGGCCAUACCAUUCACUCCGUUCCGACUAUUAUUAUGAGCCGUCUUCCCCUCAGCAGCCUCCACUGCAUGGCCUACAUGCAUACACUAUCUACAUCCAUGCAUUUUGAAGCAUGGUUGAAUUUAUUAUCAUGGUUAUUUUACUUAUGUUAUUAACGAUAGCUAGUAUUCCUAGCUACUGGUGUAUCAGUAGUUGUUUUAUAUAUUUAAAAAAAAACUGUUUUUAUACUUCCUUUCAAUCAUGCUAGUUUUUGUGGAUAUUUGCAUCUAUAGCUGACAUUCAUUUUCAUUACUAAGCCAGAUUCCCACAGCUCCAUGACCCAGUGAGCCAUCUCAGUCCUGGUGAGUUGCUUUAGUCAAAAGGUGCUGUAGAUUAGGCUUGCCAAGUGGGCAGAGUGCGCGAUUUAGGUACAUUGGAAGGUUCUGAAAGGGAAAAAUCUGUCCACCUAUUGCACCGGGCAAAGUCAGUGACACUUUCAGAUCAUAGCAAAGGGCCCACUUAUGGCUGCAUUUCCGAUUUUCCACCCUUCUCCCAAAGUGACUGGGAGUAUUUUAUUUUACAUUUUUUUUAAAGAAGAUAUAUUUCACCUUUAUUUAACCAGGUAGGCCAGUUGAGAACAAUUUCUCAUUUACAACUGCGACCUGGCCAAGAUAAAGCAAGGCAGUGCGACAAAAACAACAACAGAGUUACACAUGGGAUAAACAAAUGUACAGUCAAUAACACAAUAGAAAAACUAUAUACAGUGUGUGCAAAUGUAGUAAGAUUAGGGAGGUAAGGCAAUAAAUAGGCCAUAGUGGCGAAAUCAUUUCAAUUUAGCAUUAACACUGGAGUGAUGGAUGUGCAGAUGAUGAUGUGCAAGUAGAGAUACUGGGGUGCAAAAGAGCAAACAAAUAACAAUAUGGGGAUGAGGUAGUUGGGUGGGCUAUUUACAGAUGGGCUGUGUACAGGUGCAGUGAUCAGUAAGCUGCUCUGACAGCUGAUGCUUAUAGUUAGUGAGGGAGAUAUAAGUCUCCAGCUUCAGUGACUUUUGCAGUUCAUUCCAGUCAUUGGCAGUAUUCAAGUAAACUCUGAAAGAAGUGUGGAGAAUCCCAAAGCAGCGUGAGUUAUGGCUGAUGGGUUUGGCUUCAAACCAAUGUCUACUUCUCACUUACACUAAGUGUAAUAAACAUUAGGAACACCUUCCUAAUAUUGAGUUGCACCCCCUUUUGCCCUCAGAAAAGCCUCAAUUCGUCGGGGCAUGGACUCUACAAGGUGUCAAUUGUUUCACAGGGAUGCUAGCCCAUGUUGACUCCAAUGCUUCCCACAGUUGUGUCAAGUUGGCUGGAUGUCCUUUGGGUGGUGGACAAUUUGUGAAAAACCCAGCAGCCUUGCAGUUCUUGAAACACUUAAAACGGUGCGCCUGGCACCUAAUACCAUACUCUGUUCAAAGGCACAAAUCCUUUGUCUUGCCCAUUCACCCUCUGAAUGGCACACAUGCAUAAUCCAUGUCUCCAAUUGUCUCCAGGCUUAAAAAUAAUUUUAACUGGUCUCCUCCCCUUCCUCUACACUCAUUGAAAUGGAUUUAACAAGUGACUUUGCAUUUAUUGAUUAACAAUAAUUAAUUAAUACCACCAUAUAGCUAUCUAUGUACAGUAGCCUAGAUUUGUUUGCAUACAUUUAUUAUGACAACCGAUCUGGUGUUAGAACUUGUACAAAUGCUACAAAAACGGUAGCACAUCGUUUGCUGGUAGUAAUAGUAAAGAAAUGAGCACGUGAGAGCUGUCUCACAACGGCAGUUGGUUAGCUUGCUAGCUACUUCCAGACACAAAUGAGAGAACUCACUCUGACCAUUUAACUCGUCCUAGCAGAGCUAGUUAUCUAGAGCGUUAGUGACUGUAACUGUGUUGCUAGCAACAAUUUAAUUCCGUUUUUUGCCCACCUUUACUGACAACUGUCAUAUUCGACGGGUGUUGCGUGUUCGUAAGUUAAUCAGUUAUUCAACAGUUGUAACAAUUAAAAAAUCGUGGGUUAUUUGUGCGCUCUGGCACACUCAAGGGAGAGUGCUCUGAAAUCGUAAAUUAUCAAAAAUGAAUUUACGAACACACCCUCAAUCAAUGCAUACUAUAUUGUGGAGGCUAUCGCCCUGCAAUCAUUUAUGGUCACUAGUAACUUUUACUAUAAUGUUGGUUGACUUCCCAUCCAAUUUCAGGACGCUUUUGGUUCUCCAAUCCACGUCUUUGACCAAAAGUUACUAUUGUAAAUGUGAUUUUGCCAAUUGGAAUUGGUUCCUUUGUUCUACGUGUGGAAUUAGUUUCAGAGAAUCACACAAAACCUAUUCCUAUUGUACCUGUCUUUCCUGCUAAAUAUGUAGAUCAUAAGGCUCUAUCUAGCGUUCCAUGUAAUUGUUUUAUUGCUUGUCUAAUAUUAACGUUUACACUUUUUAUAGUUAUAUUUAUUCACUACUGUCUUAACCAUAUUGAUUUCACAACAGCUGUUUAAGUUCAACAUUAAGGCUAACUUGUAUAGGGUCUGUUGUUACACACCCCACUAUUUACUGUCUAAAGACAUGGACAUCAUUAAUAGUGUUUUUUCUUCAAUAUGUAUUUCUUAUUAAGCUGCCUUUUGUUGCCCCCUGGUGCUCAUUGUGUACUGUAUUUGUAAGAUACUAUAUUUGCUUGGUUAAUAAAUUGUUACUUGAUCUAAACUUUCAAA